AUGGGCGCGCCUUACACUAUACAGUGGCACACAGAUGCCCUCAAUAUUGAUUUUUUUGUCAAUGAAGAGGGCGUCAUAUGCCUUAGCCGCAUCCUACCCCCUGGCACUGUACCAAAGAAAUCAACCUCGGCCUUAUUUGAAUCUGCGGAGCUCCCUCUGAUUAGCGUCAAGCUAGCCGGCGAAGGUCAAACAAAAGAUAUCAAAACUGCGAAGGCUUCAGUUGGAAAUUACCUCUCUAUGAGACUCAAGUAUGAUAGUCAUGAGAUCCGCAAAGAUGGGCAAACCGAGAUAUUUGAGGCCAGAUGCAGCGACAACGCCACCAAAAUCCAAGUAACUGCCCGACUUACUGUCUACGGGAGUGUACCAGUUGUCAGAGCCGAAACGACCGUCACCAAUAUUUCGGACAACGCUAAUGUCAUGCUCACGGGUCUCUCAUCAUUUGUUAUUGGCGGCAUGACAAAUGCUUCGAUGAGAGAUUUUGACAAAUACAAACUCAUGUACGCUACCAAUAGCUGGUUUCGUGAAGCUCAAUGGCAAGAGCACAGUCUUUCAGAGCUCGGCAUCGAUAACAAUGGCAUCUGUGAGCUUCAGGAAGGUCACACCGGCUCCCAAGCUACUUUUAGCCUGAACACCCGCGGCUCCUACUCUACCGGCUCUCACCUUCCGAUGGGUGCUCUCAACGCCAGAGAUCAAACCGAUACAUGGCUUUGGCAAAUAGAAUCCAAUGGAUCCUGGCGGUGGGAAAUUGGUGACUACAAAGACAAUCUAUACCUUGCUGCUGGUGGCCCCACGGGUGCGCACCACGCGUGGAAAAAGCUGUUGCGUCCUGGAGAAAGAUUUACUUCAGUUCCAACUGCUUGCUGUCGUGUUAGUGGGGAUAUCGAGGCAGCUUUUGCUGCUCUCACGGACUACAGACGACAGAUCCGGCGGCCACAUAAUGAUAUGGAGAAGGUUCCGAUAAUUUUCAAUGACUAUAUGAACUGUCUAAUGGGAGACCCAGACGAGCAGAAGAUUGAAGCACUGCUAGAUCCUGUUGCUAGCCUAGGCGCAGAGUACUUCGUGAUCGACGCUGGCUGGUACGCUGACGAUAGCGAUUGGUGGGACGACGUUGGCUUAUGGGAGCCCUCGAAAAAGCGAUUCCCAUCAGGCUUUAAGAACCUCUUGGACAAAAUCCGGGCAAAGGGUCUGAUUCCUGGACUUUGGCUGGAGCCUGAGGUAGUGGGUGUGCGGAGCGCUGUUGGUGACCGUCUUCCAAAAGAGGCAUUUUUCCAAGAACAUGGCCAUCGUAUCAUUGAAAAAGGCCGUUUCCAACUUGACUAUCGGCAUCCUGCGGUGCGGACCUGGAUGGACACGGUCAUAUACAAUCUUGUCGUUAAAUAUGGUGUUGGAUUCUUCAAGUUCGACUACAAUAUCCAGGUGAUGCAGGGAACUGAUAUAGAUGGUCCCUCGGCCGCCGGAGCAGCACAACUCGAGCAUCAACGAGCUUACCUUGCCUGGGUACGCUCCCAGCUUGACAAGUACCCCAAUCUCGUCAUUGAAACUUGUUCCAGCGGGGCGCAGCGUCUCGACUACGCCAUGCUAGCCGUUCAUUCCAUUCAAUCUACCAGUGAUCAGCAAAACCCGGCACUCUAUGCAGCUAUUGCAGCAGCGAUGCCAACUGCAGUUACCCCAGAGCAGAGCGGAACUUGGGCUUAUCCCCAGCCUGGAUGGAGUGAUGAGAUUAACGCGCUGACUGUGGUCAAUAGUCUCCUUGGGCGUGUCUAUCUCAGCGGUCGCGUGGACAAGAUGAGCAAAGCGCAGCUGAGUCUCAUCCAAGAGGGUAUGGUUGUCUACAAGAUGAUCCGCGAUGAUGUUAAAACAGCACAUGCUACCUGGCCUCUUGGGUUCCCAAAAUGGAACAGUGACUGGGUAUCUUUAGGUCUUGUUGCAAAGGAUAGAAAAACCGUCUAUGUGGCUAUUUGGCGCAGAGGAGGGCCUACGAAGCGUGAUAUUUCCAUCAAUGUUGCAAAGGGUUGGCCAGGAAGCAGGCUAGAGCUUCUCUAUCCAGCUCGCUUGGAAACCCAGGCCACUUGGGAUUUUACUACGGGUAUACUAGGUCUAGGACUCCCUGAGACAGUUUGCGCUCGUCUCUUCAAGAUCCAGCAAGUAUAG